AUGAUGGAGGACUACGACGGCAAGACAGAUCGAGAGUGCCUCGACAGUACGGUAGCCACACUGAGUCCGCCGGCCGGCAACGGCGGUUCCCUCCAACCGAGCCCGAUGCAGUCGUCUCCGCCUCAAUGUGGCCCAGCUGUUCUCACCCCUGCCAGCGCCGCUGCGGAGGUGGCGUACGCUUCGGGGGUAAUAGGGCUGCCGUCCCACGCGCCCAACAGUACUGCUGCGCAGGCUUGCAGCGCAGGGCUAACCCACGCCUCUAUGACGCAUACCGGAGGUCAGGCCCUCAGUUCCAUCCCUGCGUCAGGCCCUGAGAAGCCGAUCUCUAAUCUUGGUGAGUACGGCAAGGGACCUGUGUGGCCGCUAAUCGCCGCUGCAGCGUCAUCGGAGUCGUUUCCUGAAACAUUGGACAUUUUUAGCCCCGCAUCCGCGCGGGAGGCAAAUUUCGAGGUAGCGAAACAGUCGUGGAGGCGUGGGGGUGGCAACCAUCUUCCCUUCCAGACUUCUGUAGCUGUACCAGCUGGCGUAGACGUCGGCGAGGGCAACAUGUCUCGCCUGCCGUGCGUGAAUCUGGGCCCCACCGAUGCGGAUCGCCCCAUCGCGGAGGAAAUGGAAGUGGCAGAGAAGCACCGGUACAGUGACGAGCGUGAUGACGCCUUUCCCAUGGCAGGCAGUUAUUUGGAUGUUGGUGCUGAGCACAUACAUGGAGGCGAUCUGCAUUGCGGCAUGGAAGGCGCUGGUGAGGCUUGGGAGAGCGACGACCGGGUCGAGGACGACCCCAAGAUUUCUCGCUCAGCGGAGCCCUGCUGCUCACUGUGCGUGGAUGUUAGAAAAGACCCUGACAUUUGGCGUCGCAGUCAACCACGUCGCCACGCGUUCGAGCGCCCGCUGCACUCAAUGCAGGUUAUGGCGUUUGUCUUUGAGCUGCUGCUGAUUGGCCUUUUCUGGUCGAGCGUCUUCGCGGGGUACAUCUUGCUCUACACCCAGGACAAUCAGGACUGCAUGGCUGAGCUGGUCACCUUUGCUCUCCUCGUGCUUGCCGGGACGAUAUGGCUCUACGGGUCCCUCAUAUUGAUCUCCUUCAGGGACUGUGCAGACCGCAGCAACACGGGUGAGCUCUGCGUGUUCUGCCGGCGCUGCACGCGCUUGAGCUCGAAGCACUGCAAGGCGUGUAACAAGUGUGUGGAGGGAUUCGACCACCACUGCAAGUGGCUGAACAUGUGUGUCGGCGACAAGAACUACCAACUCUUCUUCUCUUUUGUCUCCGCUGCCGUCUGCGUGAGUCUGGCGGGCUUUGCGGGCGGUAUGACGUACUUAGCGAAGUGGUGGCAUGUGCUGGCGAAGAAUCACAACGCGUACUUCCGCGUGGGCCCGAUUGUAAUGUGCGUGCUGAUCGCCAUAGGCGUUGGGCCGAUGAUUCACCUGCUCCUCUUUCACACUUACCUCUGCAUUAUUGGCAAGACGACGUACCAACACAUUGUUGACAAGCGGGAGCGUGUCGUGCAGUUCCCCAGUGGCGAAACCGAGGGGCGGACUCGCAGGAAGCGACGGCGAUUGUGCUGUUGUUGA